CUACUUUUGAUACCACGACCAUGUCGGCCAAGGUCACUGGCGACGAUGCGUCGUCCAUGUCCUUUAUUCUUCUCGCGCCCUUGACCGAGCUCCAAACAUUAUCGCAGGCCUUAUUUGUUUCACUUUCACCUGUCACGAAACCACCACCGCCACCACCACCACCAGUUUCUGCCUUUCUUUCGUGCGACCAGGCCUUGGCCUCUGCUGUGAACAUAGCACAUUCACAUCAGAUCAGACAACGGAAGAUUGAAGCAUUGAAGAACGAGAUCCUUGAGCUCGAUGCUCGAUGGCGAGAAAUAUGCAUGGAUCUCGAGAGGGAGAAGCGCGAGUUGGAGGCCAUGCUUGAGGAAGGUGAAGAGCGAGUGCAGGCCAUUGAAAAUGCAAAGGAAGGGUCUAUUCCCUAUCCUCAGCUGCUGGCUUAUGCACAAAGCUUAAGCGCGUUUACUUCUGCCCCUCCCAACAUGCCAGAUUUGAGCCUGCCUGGCCAGCCUCCUCCGCCAUUGUUCUUUCCACCUUUUCCAAAUGAAGAAAAGAUGCGUCGGGGUCGGCUUAACGCAGAGGCACCACUUGGAUUGCCCGGAGAAACGCACUCUAUUGGAGCACCAACCGUGUCACCGAAAGGCCCCGACGCGAACCAGAUGGGCCCUGGGGCGAACCCAUACAGGCAAGAUCUCCGUGCUCCUCAACCACAGUUCUUUGACCUGGACCUCGACUUAAAUCCUGAUUUGUGAAUAAAAUGAACAUAUUGAUAGGUCACCAGGGGUAUUCAGGAAUGUCACUUGUCCACCUCCUUUACUUCGACAAGUCCUGCCUCCUUGCCUUUUAGCCACCGUAUCCUUUCGGCAACCUUAUCACUGAUUUUCAGCUUCUUUAUCUUUCUUGCAAACGUGUUUUUGCGACGAGACUGUGAUACAUUCGCAUAGCGCUUGGCAUAUACCUCGAGCUGCCGUGCGAAACCUAUGUUGGGUUGCACAAUACCACGCUUCGAUUUGACGAAUUUCACUGCUUCCUUCGCCGACAUGCCAGUCGAAGUCAGAUAUGCGCACACUACAGUUGCACUGCGGCUGACUCCCUGAAAGCAGUGGAC